UGCUCUCCUUCUGAGACAAUGGACAGCGAGGUGCAGAGGGAUGGCAGGAUCCUGGAUUUGAUCGAUGAUGCCUGGAGGGAAGAUAAAUUGCCGUAUGAGGACGUGGCUAUCCCUCUGAACGAGCUCCCUGAACCAGAGCAAGACAACGGAGGCACCACCGAGUCUGUGAAAGAGCAAGAAAUGAAAUGGACAGAUCUGGCUCUCCAGUACCUCCAUGAAAACGUCCCACCCACAGGAAACUAGUGACUCAGUGAGAAUUCGUGCAGCAGGUGCAUGAGUGCAACAUAAACAUGUUUUCCAGCUGACCAUCACUGCCCUAAGCUGCUCCAAGGAGGAAACAUUUCAGAAACUCUCAGGUUCCAGCAGUGGGUCUGCUCCCAGUGACCAGUUUAAAACACUUC